UUAACAAUAGAUGUUCCCUCUUGGCAAUUUAAGUAUAUAAAGUAAAUUAUCUAUCCUUACCUUACCUUACGGACAGGCAAUUCUUCAAUAGGCUUGUAAAUCUGUCCAAAGAAUCUCCAAUCUCCUCCACCUCAAAUGCAGGUAUAUUUAGAAAUGUCAAUAUAUAUAUAACUAUUAUUGUUAUUACUCGGUCGGAACCUUUGAGAUAAUAAUCCCAACAAGAUUAACAAGCUAGUAAAAAUAAUUGGACAUGGAAUCGGUUGCAUCGUCUACAGAUCAUGAUGAGCAUGUUGGUGGUGGUGGUGGUGGCGGCGGCGGCGAAGGAGGCAGCGGUCUUAGAAAGGCGGUGGUGGACAGGCUUGUCCGAGCUCUGGACCACCCUUUGAGACUUCUGGAUCGAUCAAGCGAAUCGGAAUUCAGUGUCUUGGGAUCGACAGGAAACGUAUACACAGUGUGUCUGUCGACAACUCCAUCGUGCACAUGCCCAGACCGAACAGUCCCUUGUAAGCACAUUUAUUUUAUCCUAAUCCGAGUGUUGGGAGUCCCUAUGGAUGAUUCCAGCAUCAGGAGGAAGACUCUGAGGCCGUGUCAGCUCAACCGGCUGCUUAGACUCCCAGUCUCCCAGGACUCUCUAGCCGGGGCCACCCUUCGCCAGAGAUUCCACCAGUUGCUGCAGCAAAAACAGGGCCCAUCCCUCGACAGAGAUCAUUAUAAUUAUUAUGAUGAGGAGUUAGAGAAAGGGACAAUUUGUCCGGUUUGUUUGGAAGAAAUUUUACUACUGGGAAGGGAAGAUGAUCCGAAAUUGUUGGCGUGCAGUACAUGUAGGAAUUUUAUCCACGAGGAGUGUCUGCAGGAGUGGAAGAUCAGGAGUUGUACUGGACGGAGGAGAGGAGCAGCAGCUACAUGUGUCGUUUGCAGGGCCAGAUGGAGGACUCCUCCUGCGGCCAGUUCCUCAACCUACAUCAACCUUAAUUAGCUGUUAUUUUCAUUUCUUCUUCUUCUUCUUCUUCUGUAAUUUGUUGCUUUUAUAUGUAGUAAUAUAAAUGUAUCUGAUUUACUAAUUAAUAAAGAUUAUAUUAAAUUA